AGGCGCAGUCCUCGCUGCAGUUCACUGCGUUUCCGUAGCCAGCUCGCUACCCGCUGAGCGCUGGCUGGUGAGGCAGCUCUCCGAAGCGAUUGAUACCCUUCAAAUAACGUUAAAGCUUGCCUCCUGAAUGGCGGAUUAACACGGCUACCGGAAGGGGCACUCUAAAUCAAUGCUUGUGACUCGGGCGCUUUUAGGGAGUGCGUUGGCAACACCCCCCAUAACAUGUGAGAUGUGCAGAGAAAGAUAUUAACUGUGCGUUAUUUCGGCUAACUAGCUAGCAGCUACCCCCGUCUCAAUCCAAUUAAUGGUAGCUCGCUCGGUCUGUUUUCUUCAAGCGUCGCGUCUGUAACGGGGGGGAAAAAAUGAAGAAGUUUAACAUAAGGAAGGUGCUGGACGGCUUGACAGCGGCGUCUUCUUCUUCCUCCUCCGCAACUGCUCAGCCUGGUACUCCCAGGGAAAACGAUGUUGUCCAGGAGACUCUCCAGUCGGAACAUUUUCAGCUGUGCAAGACCGUGCGUCAUGGCUUUCCAUAUCAACCGUCCUCGAUGGCUUAUGACCCCGUGCAGAAAAUCCUGGCCGUCGGGACUCAGACCGGAGCUUUGAGGCUGUUCGGCCGUGCGGGUGUGGAGUGCUACUGUCAGCAUGAGAGCGGGGCUGCUGUCAUCCAGCUCCAGUUCCUCAUCAAUGAGGGGGCGCUGGUGAGUGCCUUAGCUGAUGACAGCAUCCAUCUGUGGAACCUGAGGCAAAAAAUUCCAGCUAUCCUGCAUUCUCUCAAGUUUAACCGGGAGAGAAUCACAUACUGCCACCUGCCCUUCCAGAGCAAAUGGCUGUACAUCGGCACAGAGCGAGGAAACAUCCACAUCGUCAACGUGGAGUCCUUCACCCUCUCAGGCUAUGUCAUCAUGUGGAACAAAGCCAUCGAAUUAUCCACCAAGACACACCCAGGGCCUGUUGUGCACAUUAGUGAUAACCCCAUGGACGAGGGCAAGCUUCUGAUUGGAUUUGAGUGUGGGGUCGUGGUGUUGUGGGAUUUGAAGUCCAAGAAAGCUGACUACCGCUACAAUUAUGAUGAGGCGAUCCACUCAGUUGCUUGGCACCACGAGGGGAAACAGUUUGUCUGCAGCCACUCCGAUGGCACUCUGACCACGUGGAAUAUACGCGCCCCAGCCAAGCCUGCACAGAUCAUCACGCCACAUGGAAAGCAGCCUAAGGAUGGAAAAAAGCCAGAGCCGUGCAAGCCUAUCCUAAAAGUGGAGUACAAAACUACAAGAGCUGGGGACCCGUUCAUGGUUCUGUCCGGAGGGCUGUCGUACGACACAGUGGGGAGGAGAGCCUGUUUGACCGUGAUGCACGGGAAGAGCACUGCCGUCCUGGAGAUGGACUAUCCCAUUGUAGAUUUCAUAACGCUCUGCGAAACUCCAUAUCCAAACGACUUUCAGGAGCCUUACGCUGUGGUGGUCCUCCUCGAGAAGGAUUUAGUUGUAAUAGAUCUUGGACAAAUUGGGUAUCCGAUAUUUGAGAGCCCCUACCCUCUCUCCAUCCACGAGUCACCGGUGACGUGUUGCGAGUAUUUUGCCGACUGCCCCUCUGAACUCAUUCCUGCACUUUACUCCGUCGGCAGCCGGCAAAAGCGACAAGGCUACAGCAAGAAGGAAUGGCCCAUUAGUGGUGGAAACUGGGGCCAAGGCACGCAGACUUACCCAGAGAUUAUCAUCACAGGGCAUGCCGAUGGGUCAAUCAAAUUUUGGGAUGCUUCUGCGUUAAUGCUUCAAGUGCUGUACAAGCUGAAGACUGCCAAGGUGUUCGAGAGGGCCCGGGGUAAGGAGGAGAAGCCGAGCACCGACAUCGUCGACGAAGACCCGUUUGCCAUCCAGACCUUGUUCUGGUGUCCGGAGAGCAGGAUGCUGUGCGUGGCUGGAGUUUCUGCUCACGUCAUCAUCUACAGGUUCAGCAAACAGGAAGCCACCACUGAAGUUGUUCAGCUGCUGGAGGUUCGGAUGCAGUGCGAGUUCAGCGAGGUCGACUCCCCCGAUCCGGGGGGAGAGCAGACCCCCACCCUGCCGACCUCCGCAGCUUCCUCCAGCCCUCAGGAGGCCGAGCCCCCGAACCAGCUCACUGCAGGCGUCAACUCCUCCGAAGGAUCCAGAGACAAUAUACCAUGCCUUCAGGUGCGGAGCUCCCCGCUGAAGCAGUCUCCGGGCUACCAGGUGGAGCUGGUGGUCCAGCUGGUGUGGGUGAGCGGGGAGCCGCCUCAGCAGAUCACCAGCCUGGCAGUCAACUCCUCCUUCGGCCUCGUGGUGUUCGGGAACAGCAACGGUCUGGCAGUGGUGGACUACGUCCAGAAGACCCUGCUGCUCAACCUGGGCACCUGGGAGCUGUACAGCCCGUCGGACCCCUGCCAGAGGCAACUCCGCUCCCCGCGGAAACCACGCCAGCCUUCUGGAGGAUUUUGCGACUCCAACGACGGGUCUAACAACUCAGAGGACCGAUGCAAAUCUCCCACGUCAGGAUCUACCUCACCCUGCAAUUCAGACGACGAACGAAAACAGAACUUCAUAGAGAAGGUGAAGUUAAAAAGCAGACGCUUUUCCAAGACGGUUGCCAAUGACUUUGCCAAGAUGUCGCGGAAAAUUAGCUCGUCUGGUGAGCAAAAGCCAGAUCUGGAGGACCGCUCCCGCCGGGGGUCCCCUUGGUUGUGUAAAUGGCCCGCUGGUAGUAUGAAAAAUGGCAAGCUGGCGGCCAGGAUGACCCAGAAGUUGAAUGUUCAUAGAACUAAGUCAGACCCGCACCGAUAUGGGAAGGAUAACGCAUUCACCCGCUCGCGUAGCUCAAGCGUGACCAGCAUAGACAGAGAAUCCCGAGAGGCCAUCUCCUCCUUUUACUUCUGCGAGAGUUUCCCCAGGAAGUCAGGCAGCCUGGCCAGCCCCUGCCUGCUGGUGGGGACCACGCAGGGCUCCGUGACGGUGGUGGCCCUCAGCCUGCAGCCGGGCGGCGACCAGAAGCUGCAGCAGCCGCUCAGCUUUGCCUCCUGCGGAACCUUGGUCCAACUCAAAGGAGGCAUCCUGACCAUGGCCCUGCUGGAUGCUGCUGGAACUCUGCUGCCCCCUUCCUGCGAAGCGUGGUACGACCCCAACGCCUCAGACGAGGAGAAAGAGAAAGAGAAGACCCGGAGGCGCAGGCCGGCCACGCCUCCAUCCUCACAGGAAGGCCAGGACUCCCAGUUUGCCGUGCUGUGUUCGGACAAGCAGGCCAAGGUGGUGGCCAUGCCGUCCCAAACCAGCAUCUACAAACACAACAUCACCGAGACCUCGUUUGUGCUGCGCGCCGACGUGGUGCAGAUGACCGGGGCUUACUGCAUCGCCUGUUUCUGUGCCAACGGCCACAUUAUGACCCUGAGCUUGCCCAGUCUGCGGCCUCUGCUGGACUUCAACUACUUGCCGCUGACAGAUAUGCGGAUAGCCAGAACGUUUUGCUUCUCUAACUUGGGCCAGGCUCUGUACAUGACCUCACCCACCGAGAUCCAGAGGAUCACCUACAGCCAGGAGACGUGCGACAACCUUCAGGAAAUGCUCAGCGAGUUAUUUACCCCCGUGGAGACGCCGGAGGCUCCGAACAGAGGCUUCUUCAAAGGCCUUUUUGGCGGAGGAGCUCAGUCUUUGGACAGGGAAGACCUCUUCGGCGAAACGGCGGCCGGCAAGGCCUCGCGUAGCCUGGCCCAGCACAUCCCGGGCCCGGGCAGCAUGGAGGGCAUGAAGGGCGCGGCGUCUGGGGUGGUGGGCGACCUCGCCCGGGCCCGGGUGGCGCUGGACGAGAGAGGGCAGAAACUGGGAGAGCUGGAGGAGAGGACGGCAGCCAUGAUGGCCAGCGCGGAGUCCUUCUCGAAACACGCCCACAACAUGAUGGUGAAGUACAAAGAUAAAAAGUGGUACCAGCUCUGAUGACAGCGAGCGGAGCGCUAGACUCUGUUAUCAUGCACACCAGUAUCUCUGGGGAGCUGGGGCUCCUCCUCUUCUCUUUUUUUUGUUGUUUUUUUUCCUGUUUUUUUGUCCGCGCAGGCGAGCGGUCGGGCGGUUGGGCUGGGGGUGCUCUGCUCAACAGAAUCAUGCUCUCUCUCUCAGCACAAUAAUCUUCACUCUCCAUUACUCCAGUCGACAGAGACGAGAAGCGAACUCCUUGGCUUCUCUUCCUCCGUUUCACCCGACAGCGCUAGAAGAUCGACGUAUAUCCACACCUGCUGCUUGUCGAGCGAAGACAGGAAAGGGAGGAGGGACAAUUCUGCAAAUAUAAUGUACUCUGGGUGGCCUGGCUGCACUUUCCCAGCCCCCCUUUUUUUUUUCUUUCUAAGCCCUUUAUUGUGUCUGCCAAACACAGCGAACUAAAACGAGGAGAAAAGUCUGAUCCUUCGAAACGAAUCGAGUGAACACGUGAGGUUCCACAGGAGUGACUGGGAAGGAGUUUUUCUGUCCUGAGUCAUCCUUUUUCUCUGUUUUCUCCAUCUUGAAAGAGCCUUGAAGCACUUAGAGUAGUAGAGUAGAUAAAUUGGACAAACAGAUGCUGGAUCUGUUGCCUCUUAACUGAACAAGGGCUGGUAGUUCAGUAGUUUGCCAUCGACCUUUUCACAUCUACCGAGUCGCUGUUUGGGCGAGAAUGUUUUCUGAGUCACUUUGGUUUUCAUUUAAGUUAGAAAAAUAUUUUGGCAUUGAAGAUUGUGUGUUGGGCAUUAAAAGUUAAGUGAGCAAAAAAAAAAAAAAAAAAAAAGUGCUAAAAAUGUUUACCCCCAAUGAAGAGUUUACAUCGUUCUCUAAUAAAUGAGUUGAGACACUGGAAAACCCCGGAGUGCUGAAGUCAGAAAUUGUGACGGGCUAAACAAAGAUUGUCGGUAGUUUAACAAGGAUAAAUGUUUGUGGGAGUUUUUUUAGAGGUUUUCUGGGAUAAAAAUCAACCUUUUUUUUUCCAUCCUCGUGUGGCUGAAGAUGAUUUUUGUCUUUUUUUUUUUUUUUUUUUUAUGCAUAUGGAAGAAAAAGUGUUUCUCUCACAGCACAAUGGAAGUGGUGAUGCUGUUUGUGUUGGUAGAUAUGACCGAGCACAGUGACGUGCUCACAGUGCCACAGCUCGUCUCUCUAUGAGCUGCUCUUUUAAACACUGUCUCUCUCUUUUUUUUUUUUUUUUUGUUUGCCUUUGCCUCAUGAAGAGUAAACGCUAACCUCUAGCUAUGUGUACGCUACUGUGACUUGCAAAAGUAUUCGUCCCUCGUGAGCUUUUCCUCGUCAAAGAAGUGCGUAGUCGUGGAGGUUUAGGAGUAUUCUGGAUGGUUUUUGUGUUCACAAAUUCAAAUCUGUAAAUUGUGGUAUGGUUUGGUUUUCAGCCCUGUCUUUAUUAUGAUUUUUUUUGGUGUGUGAUUUUUAACACACAGUUCCACUCCAUUUGCUAAUUAGGUGACUUUGGUUGCACUUUUUAUUUGGUGGUAUCGUAUAAAAGGGAGGCUGAACAGACAAUAAAUGCUACAAUUGUUGUAGAUUUUAAUUAAGGACAAUGAAGUUUGUGACAGUGAAGUAUUAAAAAAAGUUCCAAGGGGUAUGAAUACUUUUGCUAAGCGUUGUACAGGUUUGUGUUUGUGAAAAUGCGUGUACGAAGGAAUAUGUGUAGUAUGGCCGCUAUAUUGAUGCAGUGCAUUACAUCAGAUCUCUACAUGUUUAAUUCAUUUUUGCUGGAGUGUUUUGUCGAAAAAGAUUCAAUCUUUCCUUUCACACGCUGCAAGGAUCUGCUGCUGUUGUACGCUAACAUAGGAAAAGCAAGACUUCGUCAGGCCAAAUUGCUGCCAAAUGUUGUAAAUAGCGCGACGGUUUGACGCGAAUCUGAGCGCGCGAGCUUCGGCAACACUUUACGCUUGCGGCCAUGUUGUUUUCCGACACCAAAGAGUUACCUUUAUUUCACAGAGUUGUCUUUAUUUAUGUAUUUUUCCCCUCCGGAAUACUAAGAGCAUAUUUUGACACUCGUCGAAGUCUAUUGUGUACAUGAAGGAGAGCAGACUGACUUUUUUUUUUAAAUUGUUUUUUUUUUUUUUUUUUUUUUUGUUUUGUUUUUUUCGUAUAA